UUUUUUUUUUUUGCAAUAUUAGUCCAAUAAGAAGGAAGAUGUUUUAACUUCCAUCUGUAACGUUAGUCAAUCGUCUUCAGUGAGUUCAUCCAGAAAUUUUCAAUCCUUUAAACGUGGUGUUUAAUAAAUAUGUGUUUGAUCAGACAUCUAAGCUUCAUGAAUUUAUUAACUCCAAGGACAACAACAGUAACGAAAGAAAAUUUUCUGUAUUACGAUGCUUAGAAAUCAUGCACAGUUGGAAACCUUUGUGUCAUAAGCCCUUGAUGAACGAUUACUUGUAUGAGCUUGGCUUAGCCGCUGUCCUGGUGGGACUUCAUUCAGGCAAUAGAACAUGCAGGCCCUCUCAUGCAUGCUGCAUUUUUGAACUUUCUAAGACCAGAAUGAUCAUGCUGAAGGUAGAAGAAUGAAGCAGAUGUGUUGACUGUUGAUUAUGGACUCAAACUAGCACAUGCAUCGUGCAUGCUGCAGCCCAUACUAAACUAAUGCAAGUUCAUCUAUUUAUGAAACCCCCUUCAGCAUGGAAAAAUCCAUCUCAGAAAAAUCAAACACAAUCGGCCUCAUUCACCUAAUUUUGAUAGACAAAUGGCAGCUUCUCAUCUCAUGCUUCCUUGUGUCACUGCUUCUCUAGUUCUGUUGUUCGUCCCUCGCUUCUUACCAAUUGUCCAGCCACAAACCAUUGGAAAUUCACAAACAGGUCCUACUGUUAGCGAAUGUGUGCCUCGCCUGCUGUCGUUGGCUCCCUGUGAAGCAUUUGUGCAAGGCACAUCGGCAUCACCUCCUCAGACAUGUUGCUACAACCUCAGACAAGUCUACAACCAGGAACUUAGCUGCCUCUGUCUCAUGGUGAAUGACUCUUCCAUAAGUGCUUUUCCUAUCAAUAGAACACUAGCCCUUCAGUUGCCAGUCCUCUGUAAUCUUCAAGGAGGCUUAUCUGCUUGUUCAGGUACUACAUUCUUCAUCAGUUUUAAAAUUUUGCUUUGGAAGCAAGAUAACCCUUUAUGCAUUUCUGACAAAUGUCACUUAUCUGUGUUUCGCUCUUGUCUAGCUGGAGACAUAGCUGUACCCUUCCCUCCUAGUUCACCAACUUCUCAAGUUUCAUUCGGGACAAAAACAAAUGCUACUGUUGCUGCCUCUCCAAUGAUCACAGUAUCGCCAACGACUGGCAUCCUGGGAUCCAUCCCGCAUAGUGUAGCAAAUUUGAAUGCAAUAAAUCACUUGGUGGUUGCAUUGAUAGCUGAAAUGCUCUUGCUUGGGAUGACAUACACUUUAGAGGCUUGGAAUAUCAUGUUUCUUACAUUCUAAGCCUUGGGUCAGUUCAUAGUAAUUAGUUACUAUAUGUCGUAUAUCCAUUGCUAAAAUAAGUUCAGCACAGUUUAAUCUCAAUUAGCUUGUUGUUGUGGAACUUAUUAGCAGUUUGAUGUUGUAGCUUAAUUCUGUAGCUCUAUAAAUUCUUUAUAAGUAUCAAACU